AGCGGGAGGAGCCAAGCCCGCCUUCCCCCAUCCUGGGUCCUAGCGCCUGGUGGCUUGAAAAAUGGCGGGGAAGUGGCGCGCUCUGAACAGCCCGUGGGCCUCGCUGCUCCGUAACUGUUAUGGUCAAUCUUCUCAAACAGCCCGUGGGCAAUUGCUUACAAAAUGUGACACUAAAUUAAAAUGCAGAACAUUAGCUGGUUUGUCUGAAGUUAGGAACAAAUUGUCAUUUGCCAAACAACGAUUCAGCACUGGGCAAUCAACAGUGGAUCCAAAGGAGAUGAAGAAAUUCCAGGUCUUGGCCCAUAAAUGGUGGGACGAAGGAGGACAAUAUGCAGCCCUUCAUUCUAUGAAUGACAUUAGAGUGCCUUUUAUUCGAGAUUCUGCUUUGAAUUUGAGGAAUGACCCUCACCUGGGAAGCCCUCUCUUUGGCAUGAAGAUCCUAGACGUUGGUUGUGGUGGUGGAUUGCUUACUGAACCUCUAGGCAGACUUGGAGCUUCAGUUACUGGAAUUGAUCCCCUGGAAGACAACAUUAGAACAGCAGAAGUACAUACAGCGUUUGAUCCAGACCUGGCAAAGAGAAUACAGUACAAAUCCUGUGCGCUGGAGGAUAUUGUGGAAGAGGCAUCAGAACAAUUUGACAUAGUUGUUGCCUCCGAAGUAGUGGAACAUGUGGCUGAUGUGGAAACAUUCAUCAAGUGUUGUGGUGAAGUGUUAAAACCUGAAGGCUCUCUAUUUAUUACUACAAUCAACAAAACCCAGUUGUCCUAUAUUUUUGCCAUUGUGGUUGCUGAGAGGGUUCUGGGCAUCGUUCCAGUAGGCACCCAUGAAUGGGAGAAAUUCAUCGCACCUGAAGAACUAGAGCGGCUUUUGGAAUCAAAUGGCUUUUCGGUCAAGACAGUGAGAGGCAUGUUAUACAACCCCCUCUUUGGGUCUUGGAGCUGGAUUGAAAACACUAGCAUCAACUAUGCACUUCAUGCUGUGAAAUCAAGUACGCAAGAACACUUGGAUCCACAUGAAGCAUCUCAGGAUGUGGAGAAAGAAGAGCCCUAAACAGAAGCUACUAUCAGAACAGCUGGUUAAAACAUGAAGUCAGGCUUGCAGAAUGAGUCUGGAAGGUGUUUUCAUAAUGAACCAGUAAGGAAGAAGCAGACUGGUGUUUAAUGUGUCUGUUAAACUCAGUCUUGUGGUAUAAGAAUUUGUCAUUCUUCGCAGUCUUAGAGGCACAAAGCUCUGAAAGAUGACACAUCUUGAACAAGAAGUCAGGUGGAUGUCUAAAGAUUGGGUGUUGUGUGCAUGUUAUUGGGAAAAGUUUGGAUUUUCAUGUAUUUCUAAAAUCACUGAAUUCCUUUUCUUGUUCAGAUUCGGCAGCUUGCCUGCUUUAAACACACAAGUUAUUUUAAUACUUAAUUAAACUUGAGUUUGAAUUCUGAUAUUCUAAAAUAAUAA